ACGAUAGCCGACCUAACUAAACCCACCCACAGUUCAUUUGAAUGCCCGCGCACGGCUCUCUCCCUGCGCGUCACCGUGUCUCCCGUUGCUCCGCGUUUAUAAGGCGCCCCGGUGCGCAGAAAGGCACAAGCAUGCCUCGUCUCUAGAGAGGCAGAGCGCAUCGAAGUGACUUGGAGACAUUGUUGGAUGACAGACCUGUGCGGCUGCUGCUGAGGAAGAGACGCGCAGGAGUUUUAUCCAAGUUCACUGCAGCGGGUCGUUGUGAGAGUGACUCUGUUCUCAGGGACACAUCCCUGGGGACACACAUAUACCCAGACUCAAACACACACGGGCGAUCACACACACACACACGGGCACCAUGCAGGAGUCAGAGCCCACAGUGUGCCAGCUGCAGCCCAACAUCAUCUCAGUGCGUCUUUUCAAGAGGAAGGUCGGUGGGCUGGGCUUCCUGGUGAAGCAGAGGGUGUCCAAGCCGCCUGUCAUUGUGUCGGACCUGAUCCGUGGGGGGGCGGCAGAGGAGUGCGGCCUGGUGCAGGUGGGCGACAUCGUUUUGGCGGUCAACAACAAGCCCCUGGUGGAGCUGUCCUACGAGCGGGCCCUGGAGACGCUGAAGAACGUGAUGAUCGAGAGCCACGCCGUGCUGAUCCUCCGCGGGCCUGAGGGCUUCACCACCCACCUGGAGACCACCCUAUCCGGAGAUGGCCGCCAACGCACAGUGAGGGUCACACGUCCCGCCUUCCCACCCUCCAAGUCCUACGAGCACUGCUCCCCUCUGAGCCCCUUCAGCCCUGGGCAGCAGCAGCAGGUCAACAAGGACCCCCAGCUGAGGGCCAUUGAGAACCUGUCUACUCCCUCCAUCACCCAGUCCAUCCCCCAGGACCCCCUGCUGAGCCGCGGGGCGCUCCUGUGCAACGGGAUGGAGGAGAACAACGAGCUCCUGAAGGAGAUCGAACCCGUGCUGCGCCUCAUCAAAAACAGCAAAAGGGAGAUCAAUGGAGAAGGCCAGAGGAACGUGGGGAGAAGAGAUAACCAGAUUCAAGUGGCCAGGGACCUUGGCGUGGGAAAUGGCACGUCUCCCCAGCUGGCAUCAGAUAACAACAGAAUGCUGGAAAACAUGCCGGUGGUGCUCCACAACGCUGACACUAACAAGCCCCCGGCUCAGGGAAGGACCUCACCCACUAAGUCACUUCAGAAUGGAAGCCCCUCCAAAUGCCCCCGCUUCAUUAAGGUCAAGAACUGGGAAACUGGCACCCUCUACAAUGACACACUCCACCACAGCUCCAGCAAGAUGCCACUCUGUAAUGAAAAUGUGUGCAUGGGCUCCGUGAUGAUGCCCCCUGUCCGCAAACCAGACGAGUUCAGAACCAAAGAGGAGCUUCUUCCACUGGCCACUGACUUCAUAGACCAGUACUACACCUCUAUCAAAAGGUUCGGCUCUAAGGCUCAUGUGGACAGGCUGGAGGAAGUAACCAAGGAGAUCGAAAUUUCGGACACUUACCAGCUGAAAGACACUGAACUGAUUUAUGGAGCCAAGCACGCCUGGAGGAAUGCUGCCCGAUGUGUAGGGAGGAUCCAGUGGUCCAAACUGCAGCUUUUUGAUGCUAGAGACUGCACAACAGCUCAUGGAAUGUACAACUACAUCUGUAACCACAUCAAGUACGCCACCAACAAAGGCAAUCUGAGGUCGGCUAUCACCAUAUUCCCUCAGAGGAUAGAUGGAAAACAUGACUAUCGAGUGUGGAACUCUCAGCUGAUUCGCUACGCUGGAUACAAAAUGCCUGAUGGAAAGAUCCAAGGGGACCCUGCUAAUGUCGAAUUUACUGAGAUCUGCACGCAGCUGGGAUGGAAAGGUGCAAAGGGUCGUUUUGAUGUCCUGCCCCUCCUGCUGCAAGCCAAUGGAAAUGAUCCCGAGCUGUUCGAAAUUCCCGAAGACCUCAUCCUGGAGGUGCCAUUCACACACCCUAAGUACGACUGGUUCAAGGACCUGGAGCUGAAGUGGUACACCCUCCCGGCGGUCUCCAACAUGCUGCUUGAGAUCGGGGGUCUGGAGUUCACUGGCUGCCCCUUCAGCGGCUGGUACAUGGGCACAGAGAUCGGCGUGAGAGACUUCUGUGACAGCUCGCGCUACAACAUUCUGGAGGAAGUUGCUGACAAGAUGGCCUUAGACACCAGGAAGACUUCCUCCCUUUGGAAAGACCAGGCAUGUGUGGAAAUCAACAUCGCUGUUCUCUACAGCUUCCAGCUGUGCAAAGUCACCAUAGUGGACCAUCACUCAGCCACAGAGUCCUUCAUGAAGCACAUGGAGAAUGAGUACCGGGUGCGAGGUGGCUGCCCCGGAGACUGGGUGUGGAUUGUGCCUCCCAUGUCAGGAAGUAUCACACCGGUGUUCCACCAAGAAAUGAUCAACUAUCGCCUCACCCCUUCCUUUGAGUACCAGCUCGAUCCCUGGAAUACCUAUGUGUGGAAGGGAGCCAAUGGGACGCCAACAAAGAAAAGAACCAUUGGAUUCAAGAAGCUUGCCAAGGCUGUGAAGUUUUCAGCUAAGCUCAUGGGCCAAGCCAUGGCCAAGAGGGUGAAAGCCACCAUACUGUUUGCAACGGAGACGGGCAAAUCGCAAGAUUAUGCCAAAACUCUGUGUGAAAUCUUCAAGCACGCAUUCGACGCAAAGGUCAUGUCAAUGGAUGAAUACGAUGUGGUGGACCUGGAGCACGAGACGCUGGUGUUAGCGGUGACCAGCACAUUCGGCAAUGGUGAUCCACCAGAGAAUGGAGAGAAAUUUGGAGCUGCCUUAAUGGAGAUGCGCCACCCAACAUCCAACACAGAAGAUAGAAAGAGCUACAAGGUCCGUUUCAACAGCGUGUCCUCCUACUCUGACACUCGCAAGUCCUCCAGUGACGAGCCAGAACCCAGGAUUAACUUUGAGAGCACCGGACCACUCGCAAAUGUCAGUGGACAGAUUCCUGACAUUUUGAAUAUGAAAGAAACAAAAACAUGUCUCUCUACGUUGAAGUUCUCAGUGUUUGGCCUUGGCUCCAGGGCCUACCCACACUUCUGCGCCUUUGCCCACGCUGUGGACACACUGUUUGAAGAGCUGGGGGGGGAGCGCAUCCUACGUAUGGGAGAGGGAGAUGAGCUGUGUGGCCAGGAGGAGUCAUUCAGAACCUGGGCCAAGAAGGUUUUUAAGGCUGCCUGUGACGUGUUUUGUGUUGGCGAUGACGUGAACAUCGAGAAGGCCAACGACUCCUUGAUCAGUAACGACCGCAGCUGGAAGAAGAGCAAGUUCCGCAUGACGUACACUGCCGAGGCCCCGGCCCUCACAGAAGCAUUGCACAGUGUUCACAAGAAGAUGGUGUACGGUGCAAAGAUGCUAGAAUCUCAAAAUUUGCAAAGUUCUAAAUCCAAUCGCUCCACCAUAUUUGUGCGGCUCCACACUAACAACCACGACAAGCUGAGCUACCAGCCCGGCGACCAUCUGGGCAUCUUCCCUGGCAACCACGAGGACCUGGUGACAGCACUCAUAGAUAAACUGGAAGACGCUCCGCCUGUCAAUCAAAUUGUGAAAGUGGAGUUCCUGGAUGAGAGGAACACUGCCCUAGGUGUUAUCAGUAACUGGACCAAUGAAACUCGGAUCCCUCCCUGCACCAUCUACCAGGCCUUCCAGUACUUCCUGGACAUCACCACCCCACCUAGCCCUGUGCUGCUGCAGCAGUUUGCUGCUCUGGCAACCAAUGACAAACACAAAAAGAAACUAGAGGUCCUCAGCAAGGGCUUGCAGGAGUACGAGGAGUGGAAGUGGUUCAAUGAUCCGACGCUGGUGGAGGUGCUGGAGGAGUUCCCCUCCAUUCAGAUGCCCUCCACUCUGCUGCUCACCCAGCUGCCCCUGCUGCAGCCUCGCUACUACUCCAUCAGCUCCUCUCCAGACCUGCACCCAGAGGAGAUCCACCUCACCGUGGCUGUGGUCUCUUACCGUGCUCGGGAUGGAGUGGGACCUAUUCACCAUGGAGUGUGUUCCUCGUGGCUCAACAGCAUAGAGAAGGGGGAGAUGGUGCCAUGCUUUGUCAGAGGUGCACCAUCAUUCCGACUUCCCAAAGACAACCAAGCACCUUGUAUCCUGGUGGGCCCGGGAACAGGUAUCGCCCCUUUCAGAAGCUUCUGGCAACAAAGACUAUUUGACCUUGAACACAACGGAAUGGAGUCGUGCCCCAUGACCCUGGUGUUCGGUUGUCGGCAGUCUGAGAUGGACCACAUCUACAACGAGGAGACCAUCCAGGCCAAGAACAAACAAGCGUUCAAGGAACUCUACACCGCCUAUUCAAGAGAGCCCGGCAAACCAAAGAAAUACGUACAGGAUGUACUGCGGGAGCAGCUGUCAGAGACGGUGUACCAGUGCCUGAGGGAGGAGGGAGGACACAUCUACGUGUGUGGGGAUGUUACAAUGGCUGGGGAUGUUCUCAAGACCAUCCAGCAAAUCAUCAGGCAGCAAGGCAAAAUGACCCUGGAGGAUGCUGGCUUCUUCAUCAGCAAGCUGCGGGAUGAGAACCGCUACCAUGAAGACAUCUUUGGAGUCACCCUGCGGACCUAUGAGGUCACCAACAGGCUUCGCUCAGAGUCCAUAGCCUUCAUUGAGGAGAGCAAAAAGGACUCAGAUGAGGUUUUCUGCGUGUAGGUCCGUGAAGUGGCGGCUUUCUGUCAACAACCAAUCUGGAGGACACAGCAACACUGGUU